CGCUAACGCUAACGCUCGUGGCUCGUGACCAAGUCCAAAAGGGAAUCUCUGCAGCUGUUCAGCGCGAACCUGACGUGAUCUAAUUGCAGUGUUGAUGGGUAGCAAUUUAGUUGUUUAUGUUAAUUAAAUUAAUUCAAUCGGGAACGUCGACGACAGCCCAUCAUUAGUUCGGGCAAGACACGCAACGCUAACGCCUGGCGAUCAAAACAAAACAACGGCACACGUUGCAGAGAAGGAAGAGGAAGAAGGUGAAUCUGUUGACGGCGUUGGAUGAGUGAUCAAGAUAGUGAUCGAGAGGUGUCCCGCCCUGAAAAAAGGGUAAUUUAGCGUUGGAGUCAACUCCGGCUUCGUAUGUAGUCACGGCUGUAGGACGACGAGGAUCCCUUCUUUGCCGUUGUUCAGUUGUUCAGUUCAUGGAGUUCGUGGAGGCGUGAAGGAAGAAAACCCACUCUGAAGUGACAGAGCACACCGUGUGGAUAAUGCAGGAGGAGGAUGCAGUGCUGCAGUCGCUGGAGCGCACAAAUGGUUGUAAAUUAAAUAAUUAGUUUAUUAGCGCGAAUGUGACGGGCGACAAUUACUGAGGAAAAGACGGGUGAAGUCAGUGAGUGAAGUAGUGUGUGUGUCUGUGGUGGAACACAGUUCCAGCAAAGUGAUUCCUGGUGGUUCAAGCCACCACGAGGAAACGGGGAAAACUUGGUGAUUUGCAACAUGGAUAUGUCCGGAACCAUGUCCGGGGCGAACUCGCUCAACAUGCGGCCACUGUUCAGCGGGUAUCCGUUUCAAGGUCAAGGCCGCGUGAACCAGCUCGGCGGGGUGUUCAUCAACGGGCGCCCCCUGCCCAACCACAUCCGGUACAAGAUCGUGGAGAUGGCGGCGGCCGGCGUGCGGCCCUGUGUCAUCUCGCGCCAGCUGCGCGUGUCCCACGGGUGCGUUUCGAAGAUCUUGAACCGGUACCAGGAGACGGGCUCGAUCCGGCCGGGCGUCAUCGGGGGCUCGAAGCCGAAGGUGGCCACACCGGAAGUGGAGGCCCGCAUCGAAGACAUGAAGAAGAUGAACCCGGGCAUCUUCAGCUGGGAGAUCCGCGAGAAGUUGAUCAAGGAAGGUGUGUCCGAUCCACCGAGUGUUUCGUCCAUAAGUCGGUUGCUGCGAGGCGGAAGCAGUGGACCUGGGGACGGACGUAAGGACGACGAUGGCCGGAAGGACUACAGCAUUCACGGGAUCCUGGGAGGUCGCGGUUCCGACUCGAGUGACAUCGAAUCCGAGCCGGGGAUCCAGCUGAAGCGGAAACAGCGCCGCUCGCGGACCACCUUCUCCGGCGAGCAGCUCGAAGCGCUGGAGAAGGCCUUCCAGCGGACCCAGUAUCCGGACGUGUACACCCGCGAGGAGCUGGCCUCCAACACGAACCUGACCGAGGCCCGCAUCCAGGUGUGGUUCAGCAAUCGGAGGGCACGCCUCCGGAAGCACGCCGGCUCGCAGAUGUCCGCACCGUUGGGCUCUCUGCAGUCGAUUCCGAUGAGCCAGUACCAUCCGGGAGUGUCGGCGGCAGCGGCCGCCGCCCAGGACUCGUACCAGAUGGCAGCUGCGGCGGCAAACUAUGACUACGGCGCGGGGUCGUUCUCGUCCGCCGGCUAUCACCACCCGGGGCAUUUUGGCCCGACCGGGCAGAACUUUGGGCCGAACUCGGCGGCAGCAGCGGCCGCCAUGGGAUUCCACCAGAAUAGUCAAGAUUACAUCCCCGCCGAGUACGCCAAAAUGAUGAACGAAGAGUACAACCUGAAACCGGCCCACGAAAGUUCCUCCUCCUCGGUCAAGCUGAGCCCGACGGCGGCCCACGGAGGUGGCGGUGGCAUCGGUUCCGGCCUGUCCGCCGACAGCUACGCGACCAAGCUGAGUUCGGCUGCGGUGGCUGCGGCCGCCGUUGCUGCUUCGGGCAUUGCCGCUACUCCCCAGGAGUCGUCCUGGAGUCAGUCCUACCCGCCCCAUCCGGGCCAAGGGGGUGGCUAUGGGGGUGGUCUCGGCAACAGUUGUCCCUCGACGGGACCAUCUGGAGGACCUGUUGAAUAUCACCAGAUGCAGCAGGCUUACAGCAACAACAGCCUGGCGGCGGCCAAAUAUUGGUCUUGAUAGGGUUGUGCUUUUGAUAUUUGUUUUUAAAAUGUGAAUUAGUUAAUGAGAAAAUUUCCUAUUUUUUUGCAAUAGUUUUAAAUUUUUACACAGCAUCCUAAUUAGUAUAAGUUUCAAAACAACCCAAAAUGUUUAGUUUAGGCUUAAGUUUAGCGACAAGGCUCUCAUUAUUCGGCAUGCAGCAUGGAUAGAUAACUAAAUUCAUCGUUAGGAUUAGGAAUAAUUUGAUAUUUAUUUUAUAUUUUGAGAACAAGAAACUGCAAAAUUUAGCACAUUAAGAAAAAAAAUUACACACAUAGAUCUACACCAGCGCAAAGCACAAUUAAGCUCGUUCACCAAAUUAUAUGCAAGUGUUGUAUAGUGAUUUACAAAACCAUUGACACAAG